GCUUUCCAAUGAAGCUGCCGCUGCUCCGACGAAUGCGGCAGGAGCUUGCGUGUCUGUCCGCACCAGUGGGACACCAGCACCGCCGCCGCUGAAGCUCUCGCCAAUGUCGCCACGGAUAGCGGGCGCAGGGGUCCUUCCAGCCCAUGGCGAUGGCAAGAUCCUGCAAU